UCAAAACCACGCCUAUGGAGCUCUACAAUUGGUCCAGAAUGCGUAAAAUCUGCAAUCAAGACGGUUUGGUUCAUUAGUGCGGGGAUCCAGUGAGAAGGGACAUGUAAGACAGUGUGGUCAGGGAAAAACCUUCCAAUUCUACAUCAGUGCUCACGAAUUUCGCAUCCUUAUUGUGGCUGCUUUACUUUCUGUAGACGCUUGGACAGAAGAAAAGCUGUAAAUCUACACCGAAGUGUCAAUGUUGCUCUUUUGAAGGAUAUUAUCACUGUGCUGCAACUGGACAUCCUCGACGGUAGUGAAAUUUCCUACCAGUCCUUUUCAGCUACUGCGAAACCACCACUGUUUUUCAGUUAUAAGAGGGCGGCAGUCAGUCGGACUUACGCGAGUUACAGGCGCAGUUAUUUUAGAAUAUUAUACUUUCAUCUGGCUUUUUGGAUGCACCGAUGAGAGAUCCAGUUUUCACAGCGAACGCUAUGGCUUAUCACCCUUUUCACGCGCACAGGCCGGCCGACUUUCCCAUGUCAGCUUUCCUUGCCGCGGCUCAACCCUCGUUCUUUCCAGCGCUCACUUUACCACCGGGUCUCAGUAAACCACUGGCGGAUCAUGCGCUCUCUGGUGCGGCUGAGGCUGGCUUACACGCGGCGCUUGGACAUCACCACCAGGCGGCUCAUCUCCGCUCCUUCAAGAGUCUCGAGCCAGAGGAGGACGUUGAAGACGAUCCUAAAGUUACAUUAGAAGCUAAGGAGCUUUGGGAUCAAUUCCACAAAAUUGGAACCGAAAUGGUCAUCACUAAAUCUGGAAGGAGAAUGUUUCCUCCGUUUAAAGUACGCGUGAACGGCCUGGACAAAAAAGCCAAGUAUAUACUUUUGAUGGAUAUUGUUGCGGCAGAUGACUGUCGGUACAAAUUUCACAACUCUCGAUGGAUGGUGGCAGGAAAGGCCGAUCCGGAGAUGCCCAAACGAAUGUACAUUCACCCGGAUAGCCCGGCCACGGGUGAACAGUGGAUGGCAAAGCCUGUUGCUUUCCAUAAACUCAAACUGACCAACAAUAUCUCGGAUAAACAUGGAUUUACCAUUCUAAAUUCAAUGCACAAAUACCAGCCCAGGUUUCAUAUCGUUAGAGCCAACGACAUUCUGAAGCUCCCUUACAGCACCUUCAGGACAUAUGUAUUUCCUGAGACCGAUUUUAUAGCUGUCACUGCAUAUCAAAAUGACAAGAUCACACAAUUGAAAAUCGAUAACAAUCCAUUCGCAAAAGGGUUCAGAGACACAGGGAAUGGAAGAAGAGAAAAAAGUUUAAUUUUCAGAAAACAGUUAGCCCUUCCGUCAAUGCGCAUGUAUGAUGAUCAGUGCAAAGUGGAUCGAGAUGGAGGAGAUUCGGACGCCUCAUCCUGCGAACAAACUACUGGCAGGGAUUCAGUUCACUCACCGAUUGGAUCAGCAACAAGUCCACUUAAAUUCAACAGAUCCAGAGACGACAAAAACUGCAAUGAAAGCGACAACGAACUUGACCAACAUGAUGAUGGAAUGAUCAGAGACAAUAGUCCAGAUCAGAGACCACGAUCACCAUUCAGCCCACGUUGUGAGGACAGAGUCAAGGACAGAUCUAACCUAGAAAAGAAAGGGGACUACUCGGAUUCGAGGAAAGAGAAUGAUUCUGUCUUCAGCAUCAGAAACUUGGAGAAGGACAAACUGGACAGCAGGAAUUUGAAAGAAUCAGACACCUCCAAAAAGGAUGCAGACUCUGUGGGCCUGAGCACAGUCAAAGAUGGCUUUUCUCCUCUGAUGGUUCAAACAGAGAGCCCAUCGCAUUUCAGCGCAGGUCACUUGCAAAGUCUAGCCCUCUCUGGUUUACACAAUCAACAUUUCUUUAACCCACUGAGUACAGGGCAACCACUCUUAUUUCACCCCGGGCAGUUUGCUAUGACUCCUAGUGCUUUCUCAACCAUGGGCAUGGGACAUUUGUUAGCCUCAAUGUCUGGAGCAAGUGGACUAGAGAAUGGCAGCCUCUCCUCUCAGAGUACCAGUUCACCCAACCCUUUCCCAUUCCACUUAUCACAACAUAUGCUUGCAUCUCAGGGUAUCUCCAUGCCACCGUUCGGGGGACUGCUACCCUACCCGUACACAUACAUGGCGGCUGCCGCUGCAGCGGCCUCUGCUCUCCCCGCCAGCAGUGCCGCGUCCACCCUUGGCCGGAACCCCUUUCUCAGCAGCACGCGGCCAAGGUUGCGAUUCAGCCCCUAUCAGAUCCCCGUGUCUAUUCCUCAAAGCUCCGGUCUGCUCACCACCGGAAUACCAAGCACUCUGAGCGCGGAGUCAGAGUCAUCGAAAUCAGGCAGCAGGGAGAGCAGUCCCAUAUCUGAGCACCACAGCCAUAAAACCGGAAGCAGCCAGAAUACAAGAUCUCCCAAAUCUUCAGGGAAGGAUUCCAUUAACGAACUGCAGAAUAUACAAAGAUUAGUCAGCGGACUGGAGAAACACAGAGACGUGUCACCCCGUAGCGAUUCACCAAAGUGACCCCAUGAACACAACCACUGACUCUUUAUUACAUAACAAUGCUUCAAUGAAAAAAAAAAAAAAAAAAAAAAGGUCAGAGUUUGUCGGUUGAAGUUAUGGCUCAGACAAUGGAACAUCUCCUAUCAACUCAAGGCUGGAAUUCGACGAGAGCUGUAGCAAAUGUUACACACCCCUUUUGGAUCUACAAAGCAUGCUGAUUUCGUUCAUCCUUGAUUUGGCGAUGAAAUUAUAUUAUGAAAAAAGCGCAAAUUCCCUGGACUGUUCUUUAGCUAUUUAAAUGGGGUUGCCCAUUUUAAGCUCACACAUUUCAGUGCAUUUUGAAAAAGGACUGUAAACGCAACAAUUUCUGACAACAUCUGAAGAUGCUCAACGUUUAAGUUGCCUAUGUCUGGGACCUGUUUUUCUAAUUAUUUAUAAUAAUAAAAGUAACACAUAUGUAAAUAAGGAUAAUGGACUGAAGGAGACAGAUUUUAAUUUAUUCAAAACUGUACAUUGGUGUGUAAAUACUAUUAGGUCUCGAUUUGUUACAUUUAUAUAUAUUUUCCCAUUUACAGAUAUGAACAUUAGCGCUUGAUAGCAGGAAACCGAAUGUGAUGUUUGUGAUAUCCUGCCAGAAGUAAAGGAAAAGCCACUGUAAAUCUAAAUCUCUGGUUAUACUUUUUUUUUUUUUUUUGUAGCUAAAUUCAACAAAAGGUGUUUAAAUUUAACGAUGGUCCAUAGGCAGGGACAACUCAGGUUUCUUUCUAAUCUUGCAUUGAGAAGGUCAUUGUGUAGUUUCUCUUAUGAGAGCUAUCUGUUUAAACAUCUCGGUGCUGGAUUUUCGGGUAAAUGAGCGAUUUUGUUGCAUUCUCUCAGUUAAAUAAAACGAAAGUGUUCAUUUA